AUGGAUAUCGAUGAUAUUCUCCGAGAGGUUGAUCCCGCCUCUCACGGCAUCCCGCUCGAGACUCGAGACUUGCAGGCCCUGACGCGCCUUUGGGUCGCCGAGAGAUCAGCGCCGGAGCUGCUCAAUUGGCCUGCUGAUGGCCUGUUUGAGCGAGUCAACUCCAAGAUCAAAUCUCAGAUUGAAAAGAUCGAGGACAUGACCGGCGACAUGGACCCCAAGACCAAUUUUGCUCUCAUCGUCAUCCAGACUGAGCUUGAACGAUACAAGUUUCUAGUACGAAGUUAUUUGAGAACACGAAUAGCCAAAAUCGAUAAACACACUCUCCACUACCUCUCAACCGAAGAAUUAAGACAACGCCUCUCUCCCACAGAACUAGCCUACGCAACGAGACACCAAGCCCUUCUUCAUAACCACUACCUCUCGUCCUUUCUCUCAUCUUUUCCACAGCGUCUUCAGAACCUCAACGACACGGCUGGCAAUGUCAGCAUGAUUGAUUCCCCGGACUUGGACACUGCAGUUUUCGUUCGUCUUCUACGGGAGAAGGAUGUUUUCGGCAGGGGAACGGAUGUCGACACCAUUCUCCCGGCAGCAAACGGAGAUGUUCUCAUUAUGAGGUGGUCAAGCGCCAAAGCUCUUGUCGAGGAUGGCGAUGCAGAGCUUGUAUGA